GUUUAAAGGAACUUCGUGAUUGUAUUAACUUGAGUUAUACUGAACGGAAGGCGAUUCGUGAAGAAAUAAUAGCGUUACUGCGUUUGAAUCUUCAGCCAAUUAUUGAUUUUGGAAGAAAAUUAAAAGCAGAGGUGCCUGAUGUUUUUGCAGACCCCAGCACACCCCCACCAACUGCUCUGUGCCACCCCUCAGCAUCAUCUAGUUCUAAUCAUAUCAUUGCUUUGGAAGCUCAACGUCGGUCCAAUUUGCAAAAACUUGUAGAAGUUCGCAAUCGAAAAUGCGCAUUUCUCAAAGCUGCCGCUGAAUUAAAAAUGGGGCCAUAUUUGGCGCACGAAUUAGAACUUUUAUACGCUCAGGCCAGACUUACACAAGACAAAUCCAAUAUUCUAAGAGGUUACUUCGCCAACGAACUUUUAACACGAACUGAGCAUAGCUUAAAGGCGAUCAAGGAGGUUGAAAACUAUGUAGACAGGGAGUUAGAAAAGUUGUCUGACUAGAAUAUCUUCAUGCAAUAAACAUAUUGUUUAAAACGUAUUCUUAAUAAAACUAUUUAAUAUUUAAUAAAGUCAGUACUAAUUCCUUAAUUUGAAAUGCUAAACAUGACUGGUUUUCAUCCUUGUCAGUGGCAACACUUCAGCAAUGCAUCUGGCGUCCUGCACCCCACACCCAAAAAAAAACAAUUUACAAUUUAGUAAUGGGUUCCGACGAUGUGAAGGAAAAUGCUGAAGUUCAAGAAUCGAUUGAAAGAAAUACUGGGGAACCACCACCAGCGCCACCACAAACAAUAUCAUCUCCUGUAGCCGAUGCAGAAAAUCCAUCAAAUGUCGCUUUAAAUUCGCUAGGGGCAAGCGAAGAAUCCGAUGAAGAUAAAGAUGAGACUGGAAGUGUUGGAAGCACGGCUACAACAACAACAUCACGUAGUAAAUCCCCUGGUAAUAGAAAGGCAUUGCAAUCUCGCAAAAAGGCAAAGAAAAUAGUUAAACCAUUGUACAAGUACACGUGCCAUCUUCGUGAAGAUCACGGACAGCCGCUGUUUGGUGCACAGUUCAAUCACCAUCUCAGUAAGGAGCAAGCCAUUUUCGCAUCAGUAGGAAAGGACCGCAUUUCAAUUUAUGAGUGUCCCCGUGAUAGCGAAAGCACUGAUAUUGAAGUGUUUGGCAUAAAGUUGCUUCAAUGUUAUGCAGAUCCAGACCCCGACGAAAACUUUUACACUUGUGCUUGGUCUUACGACCCUGAGAUUGGCGACCCCAUACUUGCUGCAGCUGGUUAUCGCGGUGUCAUACGCAUCUUCAAUCCUUCGAAAAAUCUUUGCUCUAAACAUUACAUUGGCCACGGUCAUGCUAUCAAUGAGUUGAAAUUUCACCCCAAACUGCCACAGAUGUUGCUUUCCGGCAGUAAGGAUCACUCGCUGCGUCUCUGGAAUAUACAAACGGAUGUGUGUGUGGCAAUAUUUGGCGGCGUAGAAGGACAUCGUGACGAAGUGCUUUCACUUGAUUUCGACUUGCGCGGUGAUCGCAUCAUGUCCAGUGGUAUGGAUCAUUCGUUGAAGUUGUGGCGCUUGGACAAGCCAGCAAUAAAGGACGCAAUUGAAAGUAGUUGCUCAUUUAAUACAACCAAAAAUGCUACACCGUUUCCCACAAUCAAAGAGCAUUUCCCCGACUUCUCCACACGAGAUAUUCAUCGAAAUUACGUGGAUUGUGUUCAAUGGUUCGGGGACUUUGUUCUCUCCAAGUCUUGCGAGAAUUCGAUUGUAUGUUGGAAGCCAGGAAAACUUGAACAGACUGAUAUAAAAUCCCAAGAUUCUACUACAACUAUUAUACACCAUUUCGAUUAUAAAGAAUGUGAAAUUUGGUUUGUACGCUUUGCAUUUAACUUUUGGCAAAAAGUUUUAGCUCUGGGGAACCAACAAGGAAAAACCUAUGUAUGUGAGUUGGAUAAUUCAGAUCCGAAUUUAACUAAAAACAGCACUUUAAUCCACCCCAAGUGUACCAGUGCUAUAAGACAAGCUUCAUUCUCCAAGGAUGGUAAUGUUUUAAUAUGCGUUUGCGAUGAUGGUACGAUUUGGCGAUGGGAUCGUACAAAUUAGACUUACUACAUAGAUUAAUACAGAAUAGUCCAUACCUUGUACAUAUGAAUGAAUCGACGGUUUUUCUUAAACCAGUAAUUAGUCUAUAACUCAAACCUAGUUUGCCGUUUGAUGGAAUCAAUCUCAGAUAUUCUCUUCAAUUUUAUAGCUAAAAAUGUGCAUUAAUCCCAUGGUUCAUCUACAUAUUUAUCCAUUUACGUAUAUAGUAAUCAUACAUUAAGUCUACACUUUUAGAUUAUAAAAGUUAUAAUAAAUGUCUGGAAUUAGAA